UUUUUUUUUUUGCAGGUGCUGCGACUCGCGAGAAGGCUGUUUGAGAGAGUGGGGAAUGUGCUACUAACAAGGCAAAUCCGCACACAAACCUAACAAACAAACAACUACUCAUGAUUCCACUCGUUCGCAAAGAGGCAGGCGCGAUUACAUCUCAAGAAGAUCGACAAUAUAAGCGUUUUGAGCUUUGAUCAAAACUGGGAACGUAAUAAUAAGUGGGUAAACGCUCAUUAACAAAAUAAAAAGGUUAGAAGAGAAACAAAAGAACAAUCCCUGAAGAACACAACUACAACAGUAAUGCCAUCCAACAAGUAUUCUUCAGCCAUCAUGGUGGAGAGUGACAAGAUGACGGCAACAGCUGAGGUGAAUGGGGACAUGCCUGCAGCCGACGACAGUGGCAUGGAGAUGACAAAUGAGAACAGCCCGCUGACCCUGGCCGAACCUCACUCCCCGUUCAGCCCCAAGCAGAAUGGAGAUGCUGCCUCACCUGCAGACUCAGAUGUGAAUCAGUUGUCUGGCAGCAGAAAGAGAACUAGGAAGAGGUCCUCAGAGGAGGAGUGCAGCUGGGACUCUACUUACAGUGAGCAGAAGGCCAAGGUGGCAGGGUUGGGGGCCUCGGAGUCGGGCUCGGGCCUGAGACAGAGACCUUCUCCCAGGACCAUCUUCCAGGCCGGUCUGCUGGCCCCUCACAACAAACCGCGCAGCCGCGAGCAGAGAGGAGGAGGAUGCCAGAGCAGGCUGGAGCACCACAGCAGCUCUCUGAGCCUGGCCUGCGGUGUUGGCCCCGGGCCCCUGGUGUCCGUGGUCCCUGAGGGCCCCUCCCUGGAGCUCCUGGAGCAGGACUCUAAGGACUCGGCCCAGAGCACCUCCACCUCCUCCACCUCCCUGAUCUCCCAUGCCACAGAGAUUGCCUGCCAGCCGGAGUACAAGGACAACAAGGGUUUUGGUAUUGGGGAGCUAGUGUGGGGGAAGAUUAAGGGGUUCUCCUGGUGGCCAGGCAUCGUGGUCACCUGGCGUGCUACGGGCAAACGACAGGCCACGCAUGGCAUGAGGUGGCUGCAGUGGUUCGGCGACGGCAAGUUCUCUGAGGUGUCUGCUGACAAGCUGGACUCCAUCACUGCUUUCCCCAAGUUCUUCAACCAGGCCUCCUACACCAAGCUGACAUCCUACCGCAGGGCCAUCUUCCAGGCGCUGGAGAUGGCAAGUCUGCGUGCUGAGAAGACGUUCCCUCAGUGUGAAUCAGAGGGGCCAGAAGACCAAGUCAAGCCCAUGCUGGACUGGGCCAUCGGGGGCUUCCUGCCUAAGGGCCAAGAAGGCCUCAAACCCACAGACAACCCUGAUAGCAGCACGUUGAACCACCAGGUUUUGGACGUCAGUUUGCCAGAGUAUUUCCCGACAGCCAAGAGGCCCCGCGUCAGCCUGUGUAAGGCCAAAAGCGGCCCAGAGGAGGUCUACAGUCGAGAACAAAUGGUGCAUGAAGUUUUGAAGAAUAACAGAAGUAUAGAAGACUUUUGCCUCUCUUGCGGGAAGACAAGAGUGGCAACCUUCCACCCACUUUUUGAAGGAGGCCUUUGCCAAGCAUGCAAGGACGUGUAUCUGGAGAUAUCCUACAUGUAUGAUGACGACGGCUACCAAUCCUACUGCACGGUGUGCUGCGGGGGCCGCGAGGUGCUACUGUGUGGGAACGCCAACUGCUGCAGGUGUUUCUGUGUCGACUGUCUGGACAUUCUGGUGGGCGCAGGGGCGUCGAACAGUGCCCGUAACCUGGACCCGUGGCGCUGUUUCAUGUGCCAGCCACUGCAGAACUACGGCGUGCUCAAACGACGCCACGACUGGAGCAUGAAGCUGCAGGAGUUCUUCGUCAACGACAACGGCCAGGAGUUUGUUUCUCAGGAAAGCCCAAAGAUCUACCGGGCUGUCCCUGCAGAACAGAGGCGCCCCAUCCGCGUGCUCUCACUGUUCGAUGGCAUCGCCACUGGCUACUUAGUGCUACGAGACCUAGGAUUCAAAGUGGACCAUUAUAUUGCGUCAGAGGUGUGUGAAGAUUCCAUAUCGGUGGGGGUCGUCCGACAUGAAGGACGAAUCCAGUAUGUGCACGACGUGCGCAACAUCUCCAGGAAGAAUAUAGAAGAGUGGGGUCCAUUUGACCUGGUGAUCGGAGGAAGCCCUUGUAACGACCUGUCCAUCGUCAACCCCGCCAGGAAGGGGUUGUACGAGGGCACAGGGAGGUUGUUCUUUGAGUUCUACCGUCUGCUGAGUGAGGCCAAGCCCAAGGAGGCCGAGGACCGCCCCUUCUUCUGGAUGUUCGAGAACGUGGUCGCCAUGGGCGUCAACGACAAGAGAGACAUCUCCCGUUUCCUCGAGUGCAAUCCAGUAAUGAUCGACGCCAUUGAGGUGUCUGCGGCUCACAGGGCUAGGUACUUCUGGGGCAACCUACCAGGGAUGAACAGGCCUCGGUGUGCAUCUGGGAUGGACAAGCUGGAGCUACAGGACUGUCUGGACCAUGGCCGUGUGGCUAAGUUUGGAAAGGUGCGCACCAUCACCACACGCUCUAACUCCAUCAAGCAAGGCAAAGACCAGCACUUCCCCGUCAUGAUGAACGGCAAAGAGGACAUCCUGUGGUGCACCGAGUUGGAGAGGAUCUUUGGCUUCCCAGUCCACUACACAGAUGUGUCAAACAUGGGUCGCGGUGCCAGGCAGAAGCUGCUGGGCAGAUCCUGGAGCGUGCCCGUCAUCAGACACCUGUUUGCCCCACUGAAGGACUACUUUGCAUGUGAAUAAUUCCCUCCCUGAUCCAUAACUCUAUCCAUUCCACACCUCACCUUGACCUUCUCCAAUCAUGAGGCUGUGUAGGUAAUGAUAGGGGAGGGCCCCUUCUGGAAGAGCAGGAGGACACAAGACUGGGCAAGUACAAAUGGUGACUAUGCUCUCACCCCUCUCCGUUCAGCCUAGGUGUUUUCAUCCAACACACUUGAAAAAUACCCUACAGUCAAGGAGCCAAUCCUGCUUCUACUGAGCGAAACCAGCCCUGCCAUUGGGGAAGCAUUUGAGGGUCCGGCUCCUAUAGCCUUUCCUGUAGCAAAAGGCUGGGCUGAGUGUGACAUGGAAAACACCAUUGAUCGUCAAUCAGAAGUGCCAAUGCCAAGUUAGACCAUCUUGUUGUCCCCUGGUAGCCAAAGUGUUAUUUUAGGGUUUUAAGGUUUUAAACACUGCUUUUAUUUUAUUUUUUACUAAUGACUUCCCCUUAUGUUGUCUUUGACUGGUUUUGUUGUGAUCACCAUUUUGUUUUGUUGGUCAAACUUAUUUUGAUACCACGCUGAUUUAUAUAAAUUCUUAAAUUGAUAUAGAUCUCUUUAUGAAUGAGUAGAAAUGUUUUUGUUUUUUAUAUAU